AUGCAUUCGGAGCCUCAAAAGAAUGGUGCUAUUCCUUAUCAAAGAGUGAUAAAUGUUUCCCGAAAUUUCCAGUUGAAGGCUUCCAUCGAAAAAGGAAGUCGUGAAUGGAGUUUCCAACCCCGUAGUAGCAGUGCCGCCUUGUACUCUGCUAUAGCAUCUCUAGGAAAUACAAACUCUCCAUGGGAAAGCAUCUUUGUCGCCUCACCCGGUGCCGUUCAGGUUACUCAGAAUGAAACCAUGAGUUCGCCGGCGGUGGUGAAUGUUAAUUCAUCUUCCAACGUAUUGAGUUCUCAGCGUCGGUCUCCCUCCUUUACCGUCUUUAGCCCGGCCGAUCAAGCAUCUUUUUAUGAAAAAGCCUGUCAAUUCUACAAAGAAAGGAACAUUGUUUCCAAAAUCGUUCCUGUUUGGGGAAAGUUAAGUUCGAAAUUUGCCCCUGGCUCUAUACAGGAUCCUUCUGAAUUUCUAAAUUACGCUUCGAACGUUGGCUCAAACCGUUUACUGGAAGGUCCAACGUAUGCAGACAAUGUGUUGUGGGAUGUAUUGCAUUACCGAAUCCCUACCAUCGAUGGCUUUCAGCAACAGAUAUGGUGGAAAGACUUUAAUAAAUGGACUCAAUAUUUUGCAGAUUACGUCGUGUCAAUUUAUCGCCCAGGAGAUUUGAUACUUAUCCACGACUAUUCUUUGUUCUUGCUACCGAAACUAAUUCGGAAACGGUUGCCUGAUGCAAAUAUUGUCUUUUUCCUUCAUGUGCCCUUUUGCACUUCGGAAAUUUUUCGAUGCCUUCCUAAACGGGCUGAGAUCUUGAAUGGCGUUUUAGCUUCAAAUGUGAUUGGAUUCCAAACUGACUCUUAUGCACGACACUUUUUAAGCACGUGUGUCAACGCCCUUGGUUUGGAAGCCACAUCUUCUUCGUACAUCGACACUUGUGAUGGUUUCCGUGCUGCCAUUUUGUCGUCCCAUGUAAACAUUGAUGUGCCGCACGUCUAUUCGAUAUGCAAUAAGCAAUCUGUACAAUCCAAAGUCGCCCAACUUCGCCAUCUUUAUCAUCAAAAUAUGAAAGUUAUAGUUGGUCGUGAUAGACUGGACAAAGUUUGUGGUAUCAUACAUAAGCUGCGGGCGUUUCGCCAACUUCUUAUAAAGUAUCCGCACUGGAGGAAACGAGUGAUAUUAAUCCAAAUCACCAGCUCUACUGUAGGAAACAGUAACUCUGAUUUAGAGAUGCAGGUCGAAAAUCUUGUCACUCAAAUCAACAGUGAAUAUGGUUCGCUAGAUUACGUCCCCAUUCAUCACUUUCAUCAGCUUUUAAGCGUUGAGGAAUAUUUUGCGUUGCUUAGUGCUGCCGACGUUGCUUGUGUUUCUUCCAUACGGGAUGCCAUGAAUACUAUGGCUUUAGAAUUUGUGGCUUGUCAAAAGAAAAACAAGGGCUCACUUAUUUUGAGCGAAUUUUCCGGUACAGCAGAAGUAUUGGUUUCUGCUAGCGUAGUAAACCCUUACGAUUAUGCUGGAUUUGCUGAUACUAUCAAUGAAUGUUUAAGGAAAAAUAUAAAAGAGAGAGAACAAAAGUUUUCUUCCUUGUGGAUGCAGGCAACCUCGCAAUCGUCCCAGCAAUGGAUCUAUAAGCUCAUUAGCAGAUCUUUCAAUGAAAUACGUUCUGUUAAAAGCCGAAUGACCACUCCUUCUUUAACUAUCUCUGAUAUACAAAAAAAUUAUAAAGAAGCAAAAAAGCGGUUGUUUAUUUUAGAUUAUGAUGGCACGCUUAUUCAAGCCGCUAGGAAUUCUUUGGACGCAGCCCCGACGGAUCGAGUCCUGCGUACCUUAAAGAGACUUGUCUCUGACAGUCGUAAUAUAGUUUGGGUUCUUUCUGGGCGAUCAAAAGCGUUUAUGGGAGACUGGAUGGAUGACAUCUCAGAGUUGGGAUUAUCGUCCGAACAUGGCAGCAUUAUACGUCCCCCUAUGGCAGGCUCUUGGUAUAACAAUACAGAAAAACUAGACUUAUCAUGGAAAGACACUGUUCGUGAUAUAUUCCAAUAUUACGUCGAACGGACUCAAGGGUCAUACAUUGAAGAAAAACGAAACUCCUUAUCAUGGUGUUUUCAAAAUGCAAAUUCAACGUACUGUAGAUUUCAAAGUUUAGAAUGUCAAGCAAAUUUAGAAGGUCUUAUAAGACAAUACGACAUUGAAAUCAGCCCGGGAAGGUUCUUCCUUGAAGUACAUCCUAAUUAUCUUAAUAAAGGAGCUCUUGUCAAGCGAAUCCUAAAACGAACGGGACGAACUGACUUUAUCUUUUGCGCCGGUGAUGAUAGAACUGAUGAGAACAUGUUUGAAGUAUUUUUACCAAUGCCUUUUGAUUACUUCAUUCAUUCAAGUUUGGUCGGUGAUGAUACCGAUUAUAUUGAUCCGUCUUUGUCAGAUUUAGAAGACAAACAAUCUCACCAUAAUAACGCGAAUUCGAAAAUUACUUCCUAUCGCGUACAUAUUGGAUUAACAGACACAUCGACACUAGCGGAUUAUCACUUGCCGUCCCCGAAAGACCUAGUUGAUCUUUUACUUUCCUUAUAA